AAAAAAAAAAAAAGAAAUUUUUUUUUUUUCCCCACUUUAAAAAGAAACAAAAAUACGAUGACAAAUCUCAACAAAGAUGUUCUUAUUUAUAUUUUUGAAGAAUUAAAUGAUGAUCAAAAAUCUUUACAUUCUUGUUUAUUAGUUAAUAAAUUUUGGUGUGAAACGGUAGUUCCAAUUUUAUGGAAUGACGUAUGGAAAUUUUUUGAAGAUCCUUACGAAGAUGAAGAAAUUAGUGAAAGAAUGAUAGAAAAAUAUAAAUCGCUUUUUAAAAUAAUUCUUUUAUAUCUUCCAGAAAAAUCAAGAAAUUUCUUAAUUAAUCAAGAUAUUAAAAUAAUUUUAACAAAAGAAAAACCAUUAUUUAAUUAUAUAAUUUAUAUUAAAAGUAUAAAAUUAAGUCAUAUUUAUAUUUUUGCUAAUAAAAUUCUUGGAUUUGAUAAUAUUGAAGAAACAGGAUAUCAAUUAUUUGCUUUUGAACAAGAAUUAUUUAAAUUAUUUAUGAAUAAUUGUUCAUCAUUGAAUUAUUUGGAUAUGUUUUAUUCAACUCAUCAUUUAAAACAUCAAUUACAAAAUUUUCCUGGAGCAGAAAAUUGUUUAUCUAGACUUUAUGAAUUAAGAUGUAAUGCUAGAAAUGAUCAAUCAUUCUUUUAUGGUUUGGCUCAAAUUUGUGAUUCAAUUAAUAAGUUUAUAAUUGAAGAUUUAAUUGAUAAUCCUGGACUUGCAAGAUUAAUUAAAGUACAAAAAAAGAUUCAAGUCGUUGAUUUUGAUCAUCAAUCUGAUGAAGAUGAUGAUGAAAAAUUUCUUCAAGAUGAUUUAAAAAGAAUUGGUACAGCUUUAAAAUUUCAUGCUAUUAAUUUAAGAGAACUUAGUUUGGAUUUUUGUUCUAAAAAUUCUUUUAUAUCUUAUAUUCUUGAAAAUUCUAUUAAUUUACAAAAAUUGGCAUUAAGUAAAAAUAUACCUAAUGAAAUAAUAAAUGAAAAUAUUAUUAUAAGAAAUCCAUGUUGUCCUAAACUUCAUACUUUAUUAUUAUAUUUUGUUUCAAUUUCAUUAGCUAUUAAAAUAAUUGAAAAAGUUCAAGGAAAUCUUUGUAAAAUUGGAAUAUAUUUUGUAACUUAUGAUAUUGAAAAUUCUGGUAAUUUUAUUAAAACAAUUUAUCAAAAUUGUUUAAAUAUAGAAUAUGUUACAAUUAUUAUGAAAAAUUCUGAUUUUGAUGAAUUAGAAAAUUUAUUAAUUAAAUGUCAUCAUUUAAAAGGUAUCAUUUUUGAAUCAAUUUAUGAAGGUGAAGAUAUUAAUAUGGUUGAUGGUAAUAAAUUAUUAAAUUUAUUAAUUAAAAAAUCUUCAAAUAAUUUAUUUAAGUUAGGUUUUUAUUUUAAUUGGAAAUUUGAUUAUAAUACUUUAGAUUCUUUUUUUUCAAAUUGGAAAGGUAGAAAAUCUUUAUUAUUAGAAACUGGUGAAAAGAAUAAUUUUUUAUUAAAUUAUCCUGGAUUAAUUAAAAAAUAUGAAAGUAUUGGUGUAAUUAAAAGUUAUAAACAUCAAGAUGAAUUAUGGAAUAGUGUUUAUAUUAAAACUGUAUUAGAUUAACUGUAGUGGUGCUGGAGUGUAAAAGGCGUGAUGGGCGUGUACGUAUGUAAUGCGAUUAUAUAAGCGGGUGUAAUAGUGUAAUAUAUAUAUAAUAUAUAUAACAAAGCAAAUCAUAAAUAAAUAUAUAUAUUACAGGAAAAUCGCG